ACACUUCCUAAAGCCGCCUCUGUCAUACAAUGUUGCCAGCUGCUGCCUUUGAAGAAACUCGUUAACCACGGGGAUCCACGUAGAUGGAAACAUAAGGAAGCUGUCAUCAUACCUGUAUAGCCGCAGGUCCUUCAUGUACCUGUGUUCAGGCAGCAGCCAGCCAUGCAACUGUUUCACAACGGAAGAACUUUCACACGGAAAACAGCUGUGCAGCGACAGCCUGCAGAAGCGGUAGAGAUACCAGUUUACUGAUUUAACGUCGUUGGAGCACGGCUAACAGCAGCAGCAGUCCAGCAUGUCCGGACUGACAGCCAGUACAGCAAACUACCUGUGGUCUCUACAAGAUGUCCUCGGUCAAGGGGCUACUGCCAGUGUCUUCAAGGCACGAAACAAGAAGUUGGGUGAGCUGGUAGCCGUGAAGGUGUUUAAUGUGGUGAGCUACAACCGCCCCCAUGAAGUCCAGAUGAGAGAGUUUGAGAUGCUGAGGAAGCUCAACCACAACAAUAUUGUCAGGCUGUAUGCAGUGGAAGAGCUGCCCUCUAAACAGAAGGUGCUGGUGAUGGAGUAUUGUUCAGGCGGAAGUCUUCUCAGCCUGCUGGAGGAGCCAGAAAAUGCCUUUGGCCUGCCUGAAACUGAGUUCCUCACAGUUUUGCAGUGUGUAGUGCAGGGGAUGAAUCACCUGCGGGAAAACGGAGUGGUACACCGGGACAUUAAGCCAGGCAACAUCAUGCGGCAGGUUGGAGAGGACGGGAAGUCUGUGUAUAAGCUGACUGACUUUGGGGCCGCAAGAGAGCUAGAAGAUGAUGAGAAGUUUGUGUCUAUCUAUGGAACUGAAGAAUAUCUGCACCCAGACAUGUAUGAACGUGCUGUGCUGCGUAAGCCUCAUCACAAAUCCUACGGAGUGAAUGUAGACCUGUGGAGUAUUGGUGUGACAUUUUACCACGCUGCCGCCGGGAGCCUUCCCUUCGCACCGUAUGGAGGCCCCCGCAGGAACAAGCCCAUCAUGUACAAAAUGACUACAGAGAAGCCUAUGGGGGCGAUAGCUGGAAUACAGCGGGCGGAGGAAGGCCCUAUAGAGUGGAGCUACCACCUACCUCACAGCUGCCAACUCUCACAGGGUCUGACGGUGCAGCUGGUUCCAGUACUAGCAGGUAUACUGGAAGCUGACCAGGAGAGGUGUUGGGGUUUUGACCAGUUCUUCAAAGCCACCACAGAUAUACUGCAGCGACAGCCAGUUCACCUCUUCUCUCCGCAGCAGGCCAUGGCACAUUGUAUCUACAUACACCAUCACAACACGGUGUCGGCUUUCUAUGAGGAGCUGGCGUCUCAGACUGGUAUAGCAGUUGAGCUGCAGCAUCUGCUGUACCUGGGUCACGAGCUUCCCCUGGAGGGCAACAUGAAGGUGGUCAACCUCCCGCGGACAUCACCUGCCCGGCCCCUCAUUCUGCUCAGCUACGGGCCUGAAACAAAUACCAGCCUGCCUUUCAGAGAACCAGAGACUCCAGUCAUUCCAUCCAGGUUUGAUGUUCUGGCAGACUACAAUUUCUCCAAGGUAAUGGUGGGAGUGGUCCACCAGUAUCUGAGGAUAGUACAGCUGCUGCACACACACCGAGAGCUGCUGCUGCAAGGAUACUACAGCUACAUGAUGAAGCUGCGAAGGGAUUGUGAAGAAGCAAUGCACAGUAUCACCAUGAUCACCGUCAGACUGCAGUCCUGUCUGAACGUGGAUCACAGGACCCACACACCAGGCACUUCAGAAAACCAUGGGUCAGCUGAAAGCAGGCAAAAGCUGCAUCAGGUCCAUGAGCACCUGCCGAUAUACGCUGGUGGAAUCCAAGAGUUUCAGAGCCGACUGGACCAUCUGCAGAUAGAACAGGCCAAGCUAGCAGAGACGCUGGCCAAUGACAAGAGCUGUCAGAAGAUGGAGAUGCUGCUGCAGAAGAUAACGGCAAUCCAUCAGCAUUAUCGUAAAGACAGAAUAACAGGCAAGUUGGCAUAUAAUGACGAGCAAAUCCACAAGUUUGAGAAGAUCCACCUGUCGUCCCACAUUAAGCGAGUGAAAUCUCUCCUUAGAGAGGACUGCCUGCAGAGAUACAAAGAGCUGUUGGCCUCAACGAGGACAUGGAGCAGUGUUUUACUGGAGAUGCAGACCCGGCUGCAGGACUUCAGCUCUUUCUCCACAGGCUUGUUGGCAGACCUUGAGAUGAGUGAGCAGCGCCAGUAUAAGGCUCUGGACAGAAUCCUUUUCACUCUGCAGUCUAAGCGAACCGGACAACAGCCUGGAAUUGCACCCAGGGACAAGGACCAGAUGGUCUCUAGGAUGCACCUUCUAAAGGAGGAAAUGGAGAUUUUGGUGAGGGAGCUGCAGUGCAACAACAGCGUUAUUGAGAGUCUCGGAGCAGUGAACCCUGCAGCAGCAGCUCUGGACCCGAGCAUGGCCAGACCUUCUACACUGUGACAAAAGUGCCACAUCUUUGCAUCAUAACUCAUCAGUUCUCACACACUCUCUCUGACAAGCACUCAUUUUGACUUCCACUCAUAAACAGUUAUGGACAAUUUACCGGAUCUUCUUUCAAGGACCGGCUGCAGCCAGUGUUGUAUGAAGAGGAAGCAGCUGAAGACAAUCAAUAAAAUGUGAAUCUCGAUUUAGAGAUAAGACGCACAGAAUGGAGAAGGAGGAAUCGCCACUGAUGGAUUUCUACUUUUCUACGCGUGCUCGCGCGUGUGCGUGUGGCAACUGAGUACAACAGUUCAAUACAAACCUCAUUAAUGCCUUUAGUGUUAUUGUAUUUCUAAUAGGCUGCCUCAGUGAUGGACUGUCCGGACAAAGCAAAACGAAUGCAAAGUCAGCUGCUAGAGUAUUUUUAUAGUGCCGUGUUUCCCCUCUGUCCCGCAGAAAAAGCAGUGCGGUAUCUGGAGAACCUGAAAUGAUUAAUUUAACCAGACUGACAAUAUCUAAUAAUGUCUGUAUUCUGUCUGUGAGUGUGUGUUUGUUGAAGGCUUGAGGUGUCUGCUAUCUUUUUUUUCUAACGCUUGAUCAUUCAAAUGGUUUCAUGUGACUUCAUUUUUAAUUUUACUUCAAGUAUAUCAUUGUAAAUUCAGUGAAGAUCAUUGAUUGUUAGCUUCUCUAAGCACACAGUAUUGUAGUUGUGUUGUGACACUUUUUCUGUCUUUCGGUUGACUUAAGCGAUAUUUUAUUCUUUGUAUUUUUUCUGUAAAAGAGAAGAAACCAAAUCAGGGAAACUCUGCACUCACCACAGUGUCUCCCUUUUAACAGUAGUACAGUCAAGUGACAGUACAGCAAAUUAACGGCAAUAACACUAGCCAGUGUGGUUCACAUGGUGGGGAAAUCCCAGGGUUUAUUUGUUUUUAAAGGGUCACAUGUAAUACAUUAGUUAGAGAAAAUAAAAAAUCCAUAUAUAUACUUUUACCA